GAGACCCGGUUUAGAAAUCUGCUCGCUGGGAGAGUCGGGCGACACAUAGCUUGCAACGUAGGAUACGGGCCGUUCAGCUUCCACCUCCAGAGGCUGCCCGCGCUUCGUGCUCUCGCAGGACGCAUCGCCUAGAAAACUCAGGAGUACGACAUUCAAGAGAAGAUUAACUUUGAAAUCCGCAUGCGAGAAGGUAUCUGUAAACUACUUGCAGUGAGCACACAAAAGGACCAACUCUUGCAAGCAGUUAAAAACCUUAUGGUCAGCAAUGCUCGUAUACUUGCAUACAGGACAGAGCUACAGAACCAGCAAGAAGAGCUGAUCUCAUGCAGAACCAGAGAACAGCUUUCAGAAAAUGGGAAAAAAGACCGGAUGGCAUGCAGAGCAAAGGUUGCUAUAUCAGAUAUUCGAAUACCAUUAAUGUGGAAAGGCUCUGAUCACUUCAGCAAUAAAGAAAAAUCACAGCGCUAUGCAGUUUUUUGUUUGUUCAAAAUGGGAGCUGAGGUUUUUGAUACAGAGGUGGCUAUUGUGGAUAAAGCCAUAACAGAUCUUUGUUUUGAAAAUGUAACCAUAUUUGAUGAAGCAAGACCAGAUUUCCAGCUGAAGGUUGAAGUGUAUAGUUGCUGUACAGAGGAGUCUUUCUGUGUAACGAAUACACCUAAGAAACUAGCAAAGAAGCUUAAAACAUCCCUCAGCAAAGCUACAGGGAAGAAAAUCAAAGCUUCACUGGAAGAAGACAGCACUGAAUCCCUUUUGCCUCCUGACCCUGUCAUCCAUGGAGCAAAAUACAGUAUGCUAGCAUAUACCACUUUGGGGCUGGAGAGUGCUGAGGACAAUUUUAGGACUCACAACCUUACUAUUACAGGAAAUGAGGAAUCCUCUUUUUGGCUACCCCUGUACGGAAACAUGUGUUGCCGUUUAGUGGCUCAGCCUUCCUGCAUGGCUAGGGAUAUGAUGGCAGGUUUUCUUAAUCAACAGCAAAUGAUAGGAAGUCUAACUAGCUGGAGGAGGCUGUAUUGUGUGCUAAGAGGUGGCAAACUCUUUUGUUACAACUCACCAGAAGAAAUUGAGGCUAAACUGGAGCCAGCAUUGACAGUUCCCAUCAACAAGGAAACCAGAAUUCGAGCUGUGGAUAAGGACUCCAAGAGAAGGACUAAUAACUUCUCUGUUAUCAACCCUGUGUCUGGAGAAGCUGUGACGCAACUUUUUGCUGCUGACAGUAGGGACGAACUUCAUGAGUGGAUGGAGGCUUUCUGGCAGCACUUUUAUGACCUGAGCCAGUGGAAACAUUGUUGUGAAGAACUUAUGAAAAUUGAGAUUAUGACACCACGGAAACCACCUUUGUUCUUGACAAAAGAAGCAACCUCCGUCUACCAUGAUAUGAGCAUUGAUUCUCCAGUGAAACAUGAGGGCUUAGCUGAUAUCAUACAAAGAAAAAUUGAAGAGACUGAUGGAGAGUUCCUGCUUGGCCAGCAAAAAGAGUCUGCAUCUUCCCUGUGGGCUUCACUCUUUGAUGGAUCUCAUGAGAUGCUGGUUCAGAAAAACAUGCAUCUGAGCCCCAACAGAAAUACUACAAGUCUUAAUGACAGCAGAGGAAAGAAAAGAAGAGCUCCACCUCCACCCUCUGAAAAGUCACCCUACAGUGCAAAAGCCCAGGUGAACACAGAGCAAGUGGGCAAGGAAAACUGGGAGAAGUCUGACUGCACAUCUGCUAAUAGUUCUUCUUUUGAUUCAAAGUUAUCUGCAAAACUGCAGCAGUUGCAGCCACCCACUGCUGCUCCUCGCAAAAUUGGUCCUUGUAAUGAAAGCACUUUAGCUGGCCAUGGAAAUCUCAUUUCAUUGGUUAACAAGACUGAGUCUGAAACCAAACUGGUACCAGCCCCUAGACAGAAAUGCAUCAGAGAAAUGCUGGACCCUAGAUCCUGGUUACAGCCAUAAACAUCAUAGUUUAGAGAAGUGUCUGGACUUUCAAGUUUCUCGGCCUUCUACGUCUCUUCAGUGAAAAUAGAUUUUAGCAUAUAGCUUAUAAGUAUUGAAACUGAAGUGGAUUUGGCUUUGGUUUUGUUUGGGUGGCGGUUUUUUUCCUUUUAGGUAGGGCAUUACUACUAGCUGCAGUCUCAGCUGUACUCAGUAUCACUAACAUCUAAAUAAUUGCAACUAAUAAAUGGGGGAGUUAUCUCUAUCUGAAAUAACGGUGCUACUUCUGAGGAGUGGUUCAGUGUCCUCCCCUUGAAAAAAAUGCAGUGUUCAGGGUAACUCGGUAUCCCUGCAGCAGGGUUGUUACCAUUACCUUCUACCAGACCAUUAGCUUAGCCCAUCUGCAUCUCUCAGGCUAGUCCAAGUGGGAAUUUCACACAGACUCGGCACAGAUCUCGCAAAAUCAAUUUUCUUGGGCUCCGUGCUUGGCACCACCUAAAAUAUUUUUCUCUCUCCCUCAGUGUUUGGGAACCACUCCUUAUAAUGUGAUAUUCUAUGAAAAGUUAUUGUACUCUUCUGAACAGCUUUCUAACUCCAUAUGAAUUUCUGAAACAGUUCUAUCAAUUUAGCAUGGGAUCGCCUACAUUCUUGCUGGUUCAUGUGCUGUCCAAGUAGACCAGGAUUAUCUGCGUACGAGCAGGAAUGUGAUCCAUGACUGCUACUUGUUUCAGACUAAUGUGAACAUUUAAAAGCUGUACUGCAUAUGAACACCUACUCAGGAUUUCAUUUUUAUGGUUGGCUUUUGGGUUCUUUUGUUGACAAACAGGGCUCUGUAACAUAGCUUCUCCUUUGUGGAGCCUCUCAACUGUUCCUGGUUUGUAAACACAGCAGUGUUACUGGUAAGCAGUAAGGUCUUUUCACCACUUGUUUUUUUUUCUGAAAUAGCAGAAAGUAAGUACUUCAGGUCAAAAUACUGAGCUUUGAUAUUUUUCCAUCUUAUUCUUCCAUCUACUCUUCUACCUAGACUUACCAUUUUUGUAAGAAGCAUGGGUUAUUAGGAUCCCUGUGGCACGUGCAAAACGUCUAUGGCAAAUGGAAAAGAUUCUGUUUUCCUGGAUCCACAACUUAAGUAUCCAACCCUUUCCUUAGCUGAUGCAUUUAUGUCAGAUGCUGGAACUUGUCCAGGAGCAACUGUAUACAUACAGUUCAUUUUUUUUUUUUUUUUCUAAAAUGCAGAUGGCUUUGAGAGCUUUACUCUUUCUCCAGAAGAUUUGUGUGCAUGGUUGGUUUGUUUUAUCUAAUUUUUGUCUUUUGCUAAGCUCUUGGCUGCACAGCUGUAAAGGUGUCUGCUGAGUUCCCUCAGUACCUCAUUGCCUGUUUGGGAUGGGGCUUGAGAGGCAGGUUUCAUUUACAAAUCCUUUUGCAGGAUUAGAGCCCUUUGUUUCUGGAAUGUCCUUGUUCAUUCUUCAUUUAAUCACAUUCCAUUUUCCCUCUGAAAUAACCAUAAUCAUUCUUACAAUAAAUCAUGCUGUUAUUUAA